AUAAGAACAAAAAAGUGGACCAGCUCAUCUUCUACACAAGUGCCAUAACCAUGGCGACGUCAUUCCUCUUCUCCAAUCCACUCUCUCCCAGCUUCACACUCCCUUCCGUGAGGGUCCCACAAUUACGCAGCUCGCCGGUAAUUCAACACGCCGGCCACCGGGAACCAAGGGGCGCGGCGGUGGUCACUCGUGCAGGCCCCAGCACCAGCAACUUUAUCUUCGCAUUCACGCUUCCUCUAUCUCUCCUCGCCAUAACUGUCUUCACCUCCCUCCGAAUCGGUUACAAGCUCGACCAAGAUUUUCUUGAGGAGAUGGCAAUGAAUGAAGCUCUCAUGGAAGCUGAAGAAGACAUUGAUGAUGAAGAUGAUAUUGAUGAUGAUGAUAUGAAAACUUCUUUACAAGAACCUUUACAACAAGAACCUGCCCUUCCGCGUACUCGCAACAGGCCAAAAAGGGAAGUUUAAAUGUGACUUUAAAGUUAUUCUCAGGAUGAUUUGCUACAGCAGAUAGAUCAGCAGACAUGUGAAGGGGAGGAAGUGGCUUUCUAUAAGAUUCAAGUUUCCCUUGGUUUAUGUUGCAUUGGUUAUAUAGCUAUCAUUGUCUCUGCUUCAAAAGAAGUAUAAAUUAAGAUGAGUUUAGUAUUUAACCUUGUAAAUGGUUAAUCAUGUAAGGGAGCAUUUGAUUUCUCCAGAUGUAGGUAAAACAUACUUUUUGUUCAGAAAAAUGCCAAUAGUUUUCACACUAAAA